AUGACACUCAGUUCCAAAGCAGAUGAUGUUUACCGUGAUAUGGGAGAUCUCCGCACAUUGUUUGAUGAACAUCCCAUCCCAAUACUGUCCUCAGAAACUGUGAGUUUGAUCUCAUUUGCCACGCAAGGGGAACUGGAGCAAGCCUCGGUCGUCGUGGAUGGAUUCAACGAUGCGUUAGCCAACAACAAUAUCACGUCUCUUCAGGCAUGCUUCCUCGCCGAACAAAGCUACUGGAAGGACUCGUUGGCUUUGACAUAG